AUGUUCUGGAAGGGACCUAUUUUGGUAAAUGUAAAUGACGAUGACAAUGAUGUUCAUGUUGCCACCGCUGCUGAUGACAUGGACGAUGACAACAAUGAUGACAGCGACCACCGCAACACCAAAGCAAGACAGUGCCAUGCCUGUGCCAGGUGUCCCUUCCACAUCCAGACGGGGGAAGAAGCCAGAGUGCCAUAUACAGAAUUUCACGGGCUCUUUGGCUCCCCACACAGGCCCACAGCGACUCCAAACAGGCACCUUCUCUUCUACGAACUGAGGAGCUCAGGCAGAGUCCUGCAGAAAGGCCACGCCACAAACUGCACUGCCGCCAAUCACCCGAGGCUGUGCUGUUCGGGCGGCGGGUACCUGGACGCAGCCACAGCCGCCUGUGAAAGCAUCAGGCGCAUCAUCCUCUACUCGAACCUCUCCCCCUGUGACGAGGCUCAGCACUGCUGCUUAAGGAAAAUGUACAACUUCCUGCUGAGACACCCACACAUCACGCUCUGCAUCUAUUUCUCCCAGCUCUGUCACACCGGGAGCGGUUCUCCCCGUGUCGGGGAGAAUGCCCUGGCUCUGCGGAACCUCCGCAGCCUCUGGCCUCGGGUGACCCUGCAGAGGCUGCCAGAGGGGGCACAGCAGUACCUGCUUCGCCAUUUCGUGUGUGGCAUCACAGAGGCGACCCCUCGUCACCGAGUGCUGCCAUCAGGAGCCUCAGCAGGUCGACAAAACGCACAUCAAAUUAACUUAACAGGAGCGAAAACGUAUUUUAGGGAAGCCUUUCCCCAGGGAAUGGAGGGGAACCUGGCUGUACAGCAGAAUUUAAAGGCCUUUCCCUCUCCCAGCCCGGCCUCCCGACAGCCUUUCCCAGCCAUGAAAGGCACUCUGCUCCCUCCAAUGUCUCCAAGCCAUGUGCUUUUCCCAAGUGUGUUUCUGCCCUCUCAGAGGAAACAGCUAUACCUCAGACCCAUAAAUAUUGUAAGGCAUUUAAAAAUGCCAAAGGAAUGACUCAGUGGAACUCCUCAUUCUCACAUGUUUUCCGUGGCACGCACCUCUUCUGAGGAUGAACACAUCCUUCACUUUUGGGUGUGAAACUUAGAUCACAGAUGGCAAAAAGUACCACUAAAGUCCCCUCUACCACAGUAUAAUCGUGUGUCUUAAAUAACUGAUUGUGAACAUACUUUUGUUUAUACCUCUACCUUUCAAACAUAAAUCCAGAGUAGUAAACCCCAAACCUCCAUGUCCCUGCCCACAGCAGGGGGUUGGAACUAGAUGACCUUUAAGGUCCUUUCAACCCAAACUUUCUGAUUCUGCAUAUUCUUAUUUACCUCCUGCGAUUAAUUUAUUGCCUUUAAGCCAAUUUCUACCGGAAAAAUGUCAGCUACAGUCCCCAAGCUACAACCUCAUUUACAGCUGGAUUGAAGCUUCCCAGCUGAGGCAGCUUUGGUGGAACACGACACAUCCUAAAUUCCUCCUCCAUCA